UUGGCUAGCAUCCUCUGGCUGUUUAGCUCAUAUAUCUACCGUCAACUUAUCCAACAUUCAUGAUCUACAACUCAUCUUUCUCCUUCAUUCUUAUCAUUUCCGUCCGAUCGGUGGUGCCCUCGAAGUAUUCAAAAUGCACGUCUUCUCCACCAUCAUCCUAGCUGCUGCUGUUGCGGCCCGCGUCUCCGCGCUCGUCGUUACAAACAUGCCAGGUCACUCUCGCCCCUCAAUCUUCAAUCUCACCAACAUCAAUGUCACAAAAGUUAUUGAUACGCACCCCGUUAUGGAGGCCAGAGAUGAAUCGGCCAGAGAUGAAUCGACCUUCGACGCCACUGGCCCGGAGCACGAAAUCGAGGCCCGAGACGAGACUGCCUUCGGCGAUAUCGACACGGAAUCUACUGUUAAAGCAAGAAGUUGGUCCGUAACCGACGAAAUCGACUUCGAGCCCGGACCCCAGAACGGGGACGAGUUUCAUGCGCAACAGCGAAACGAAGAUGCUUCCGAUGCUGUCGAAGUUGCUUAUCACGAGAUCGAGCCCAGAAGAGGUAGCAGUAACCGGUUUUAUAACAAUCGUGACCAAUAUUCCGGCUCAAAAUCAUCCUAG